AUGACAUUCGCCGGCUUCGUGGUGGCGCUGGUGAUAGGGGCGAUGCCCGGAGUCCGCGGGCCGGGGCAGGUCUCCGCCAGCCUCCCGGCCGCCCGCCCCCCGCAGCCCCCCGCCGGCUGCCCCGCCGGGGGCUUCCCCGCGGCCCAGCGCCCCUGGGCACCGGCGGCGCCCGCUCUGCCGCGGCGGGGGGCUGCGGGCCGGGCGCCGCGGGGCCGCCGCAGCUCCUGCGCCCUGCUCGGCGGCGAGGCACGGCCCGGCUGCGACCCCGGGGCCGGCCGGGGCCCGGCGGAGCGCGGCCGCGCUGACUGCGAGCGAGGGUCAGUGAGACUCCGGGGAGGCAAGAAUGAGUUUGAAGGUACAGUGGAGGUUUAUUUGAAUGGAAUCUGGGGAACAAUCUGCGGGAGCCAUUGGGACAAUAAUGAUGCAACAGUUGUAUGUCAACAGCUUGCACUUGGGGAAAAAGGUACAGCAAAACACAUACCCUUUUCUGGAUUAGGCCUUAUUCCUGUUUUCUGGAGUGAAGUGCGUUGUCGUGGUGAUGAAGAAAAUAUACUGUUAUGUGAAAAAGACACCUGGCAAGAUGGGACAUGUCCUCAAAAAACAGCAGCUGCUGUCACAUGUAGCUCCUCCCUGGGCCCUGUCUUCGCUCCGCUGCGGCUGGCUGGGGGCAGCAAUGCCCGCGAGGGAAGAGUGGAAGUCUACCACGGGGGCCAGUGGGGCACAAUCUGUGAUGACCAGUGGGAUGAUGCAGAUGCUGAAGUGGUCUGUCGGCAGCUUGGCCUUGGGGGUGUUGCCAAGGCAUGGAGCCAGGCUUACUUCGGAGAAGGCUCUGGCCCCGUGCUGCUGGAUGAAGUGCGGUGCACGGGAAAUGAACUCUCGAUAGAACAGUGCCCAAAAAGCUCCUGGCGAGAACACAACUGUGGCCACAAAGAAGAUGCUGGAGUUUCCUGCACACCUCUCACAGACGGCGCGCUGCGGCUCACAGGUGGGAAGGGCAGUCACGAGGGCCGCCUGGAGGUCUAUCACACAGGGCACUGGGGCACGGUCUGUGACGAUGGCUGGACCGAGCUGAACACCCAGGUGGUUUGCUGGCAGCUGGGAUUUAAGUACGGGAAAAGCGCAGGUAUGGAUAAAGAGAGGUACUCAGAGGAGAGCUCGGGGCCCAUCUGGUUGGACGAUGUGAUCUGCUCCGGGAAGGAGACAAACCUCCUGCAGUGCUCCCGGAGGGAGUGGGGGAAGCACGACUGCAACCAUGAGGAGGAUGUCAGACUCAUCUGCCACCCAGAAAACGACAGCCACAAGCGCUCACUUGGUCCUCCCAUCAGGCUGAUGGAUGGUGAGAAUAAGAAGGAAGGACGUGUGGAGAUUUUUAUCAAUGGCCAGUGGGGCACAAUUUGUGAUGAUGGAUGGUCUGAUAAGGAUGCAGCUGUAGUCUGCCGACAGCUUGGCUACAAAGGUCCAGCUAGAGCAAGGACAAUGGCCUAUUUUGGUGAGGGCAAAGGCCCGAUACACGUGGAUAACGUGAAGUGUACAGGAAAUGAGAGAUCCUUGGCAGACUGCAUUAAGCAGGACAUUGGGACGCACAACUGCCGGCACAGCGAGGACGCGGGGGUCAUCUGUGACCACCUAAGCAAGAAAAUCCCUGGGAACAGCAAUAAAGAUUCUCUUGCUUCUGUUUGUGGGCUGAGGUUACUCCAUCGUCGACAGAAGCGAAUAAUUGGUGGGAAAAAUUCUUUACGGGGUGGCUGGCCGUGGCAGGUGGCACUGCGGCUGAAAUCCUCUCACGGUGACGGGAGACUCCUGUGUGGUGCUACUCUCAUCAGCAGCUGCUGGGUCCUCACUGCUGCACACUGCUUUAAAAGGUACGGCAACAACACUCACAACUACGUCGUGCGGGUGGGGGACUAUCACACGCUGGUGCUGGAGGAGUACGAGGAGGAAAUCGCAGUGCAGGAGAUCGUGGUGCACAAGGAGUACAGGCCUGACAGCAGCGACUACGACAUCGCCCUGGUGCGGCUGCGGGGCCCCGAGGAGCAGUGCGCGAGGUUCAGCACCCACGUCCUGCCCGCCUGCUUGCCGCUGAGGAGGGAGCGACCGCACAAAACUGCUCCCAACUGUUUCAUCACUGGAUGGGGUGACACAGGAAGGGCUUAUUCUAGAACAUUACAACAGGCUGCCAUCCCCUUACUUCCCAAGAGGGUGUGUGAAGAGCGCUACCAAAGGAGAUUCACAGGAAGAAUGCUGUGUGCUGGAAACGUGCAGGAACAGAUACGUGUUGACAGCUGUCAGGGAGACAGCGGUGGACCGCUGAUGUGCGAGCGCCCGGGAGAAAGCUGGGUCGUGUACGGUGUGACCUCCUGGGGCUACGGCUGUGGGGUCAAAGAUUCCCCUGGUGUCUACACAAAAGUAUCAUCUUUUGUACCCUGGAUUAAAAGUGUGACCAAACUAUGA